AUGGCCGAAAUAGAUGAGCUCGCGCAACAUCCUAAUCGGCUUACCCUCGAACUGCACGUUGCAUGUCUACUAGAUGACUCUCAACGUGUUGUCGAGCUGCUUGCCCAGGGAGCCGAUCGAGAUGCCCUGAGUGCGACUGGCACGAGUGCUCUCGACAUAGCGGAUUUCCUUGAUCAUCUUGAUUCGGCCAAAGGCCUUAUGAGUAACAUUAAUAUCGCCCAGAGCGGGGGAAACGAGCUCCUGAAAGCAAUUCGUAUGGGCCAUGCCACUAUCGUGCGAGCGUUGCUGGAAAUGGGGGUCAAACAUCAGCUCCAGGACGAUAACUUCUUCCGAGGUGUCUUGCUUAUGGCUUGCUGUAUUAGUACUGCCGUGGUUGUCAAUACGCUCGUCAAAUAUGGUCCGGUGAUUUGCAUAUCUACCCAUGAGCAUCUGUUUGUUCAGGCUGCCACCGUUUCCGGAAACAUGGACAUCGUUCAGGCUAUUCAAAAGAUUGCUACGGAUGAGAGGCGCAUUCUUAUUUCAAUCAAUGCGGGAAAUGAGAACUUCUUCAUGCCAGGGAAUUACUUCACAUCGGGAAACUAUAUUCCAUCAGAAGAUUUCAUGGCGCCACAGAAUCACAUACUAAUUCCCCAGACUCCCAUGAUGGAAGAACAUGCCAACUAUUCCUUUCCCGAGUAUGUGCAAGGCUGGGAUCCGGUUUUUGAAUGA